AACAGAUAUUCAACAACAUAUUGAAAGAAAUCAAAGGCACACCAUAUGAGAUUCAUGUUGACCGUCAUAUGUAUGCCGUAGAUAACACUGCAGAGUAUGAUGAAGAAAUUGAAAAACUGAAACAAAAUGUAGGUGGUUACAUGAAGGAUAUGGCAAGAACUGUGCCAAUAAAUUGGGUUGAAUUCCAAGUUAAAGUGCUAGAAUUGGGAAAGACAACACUGCGCAUGGCCUUAGAUAAGAUUAUUGUUAUUGCUGUAGAAUGUGGUAUUAACAAAGAACAAGCCAUUCAUGUGAUCACCUAUUUAAACGAUCUUGGAAUCAUUCUCUAUUUGCCCAAUAACAAGAGGUUGAAGAACACAGUGAUUACUAACAUUCAAAUGCUGAUUGGGAUAUUUGUGAAAAUUAUCACAAUUGUGAAAUCUGAUGAUGUUGACAAGGUUCCAAUGAUGAUACCAUACUGGAAUGAAUUAGAUGAUAAAGGAAUUCUGCCGGAACCGCUAGCCCGUCAUUUAUGGAGAAACGAACUGACUGCAUGUGAAGAGAAUGAUGAUGUCAUUUUUGAAGACUUCAUUGAACUUAUGAAGACAUUUGGACUUCUUUGUGAAAAGAAUGCCUCAGAGGAUGGCACUCGCCUAUUCGUCAUCCCUUCUCGGAUGAAGACUAAAACUAAUAAUAGGUUAGAAAUCAAGGAAGACGAUGAGCAGACAGUAUCCAUCUAUGUGACGCCUAAAGACUUUCUCCCCGAUGCAGUCUACGAUAUCUUGGUUGUUAGAUUUGUGAACCUGAGCCAGGAUAAAGGUUGCUGUGAUGACCCAAACUUGUUUCAGAAUCAGUCUACAAUAAGAUUUGGUGAUGAGCAUUUCCUGAGACUGGGUCGGAUAUCCAUUGAUAACAAACCUUCUUUGAAACUUGAAGUAUCACGGAUGGAGGAGAGAGACGUAGACGGUAAAGCCAAGCCAGCAUGUAAGCCGCAACCUGACGUAUGCCAGGAGGUUUUGCAUGUUUUGAAGCAACAACUAGAUGAAGUAUAUCCAUCCAAGGAAGUUGUUGGCUAUUCUCUGAACAUACUUUGCUUAAUCUGUGUGAACUCUGAAGAACCACAUUUUCAGGAACUUGAGAACUGCAUAAAGAACAAGAAUAUGACUUGUGAUAAAACAGGAAAAAUUAUAGCAAUGUCAACAGCUAAUGUACAGAAGGUGUUUAAAGGAGAAUGGUCUGUUAACGUCCAGAAAAGGAAAAUGUUACACUCUGUCCAAAAAAGAAAAAUAUCACACAAAAAGGCGAAGACCUGUGAUAAAAAAGGUGAACAAAUGGCAAUGAAACCAGGAUUGUCGGAUAUGAAAUUCGGUGUGCUUAAAUCUGUUGUCUCAGACUGGUACGACCGCCACCGAAGUCUUUCUAUGCUGAAAGUGUUGUUCAGAGAUAAGGUAGAAAAUGGAAAGCUAUCAACAGUAACUGACACGAUGGAGUUGCUUAACAAUUUGUUUAGACAUGAUCAUCUGAGUUUACAAAAUCUCAAAAUCCUGUGUGAUACCAUUAGCAUAACUGAACAUUUUGCUCUUCAAUGGAAGAUUAAAGAAAAUCUGUCAUCAUUCCCAGAUGUUAAGAAAGGAACCAUUUCAGAAAUAUUCACAGUUCACAGACAAAAGCUAAUGAAAUUUGGAAUGGAACUGACCCCAGCUGAUGUAACGCUGAUCGACGGGUUGUAUAAUACGCCUCGUAAGGACUACGCAGACGCUUGGAGUAUGAUCACCGAUCUGGAAAACAGACUGAUAAUCAGCAAAAGAAAGAUGAAAAAAUUCAUUGACUCAUUGAAAAUCCUAAAUCUCAGUGGCGCAUUGAAUGCACUAACAUAAGAUUGUUCAAUUCUGUUGUUACUGGAAGAAAGAAGUUACGCAACGAACAAGCUUUGACACAUAAAAAAAGUAGCAAGGGAAACAGAUGAUGUACAUAAUGUGGAGAAGGAACAAAGAAUUUUCAGGCUAUGUUGAUGCAAGUAUGAAACUGGUACGAUAAGGACAACAGUUAUUGUAUAACAAUAAAAUGAAAGGUGACAGCGAUCUGCGAAGAUUCACAGCUGCUGUUAGUGGCCAGUGACUCAAAGAUUCGGAAAAUACGGUCAGAGCAUGUUAACUUCAACUCCUGUGGC